AUGAAGGACAAUUUGGGUGUUGACCUUUCGUUCAUGCCGUUUGGCAACACUGUUCAUCCGUUUCUUCACAGUCCUACCAGCAGUAAUGGAAGCCCGUUCGGGCAAAUGCUGUCAUCUGGUAGUAUAACUCAGCAGCACAGUCCACUGCCACCACGUGAUCAACGCAACCAACACCAGCAAACUCAUCAGCCAGGUUUCUCCUCUUCGAUUCAUCACGGGCAGCCUCCCAUGACACCUUUUAACGGUGUGGGACCACAAGAAACCAUAACAUUUUUUGAUGAUCGCCGUGAAUUCGUCGUUUCAGCUCUCGAUGAUCGCACUCCAUCACCACCAACCUCCGAGCGUAGCUCUCCUGCUGGAGGAAUGUUGAUGACCAAUGUAGUUUAUGGCACUUGCAACCCACCCCAUUUUGCUGGCAGUAAUGGUAUGAUCAAUAGUCUGUCGGCAGCGCAGCAACAGCUGAAAUCACGAAGUAAGAUGCACGAGAUGGCAGUGCGUCAACGGCUCAUAACUGAC